AUGGGAGCUUAUGAAAUAUUGCACUUGUGGUCGGAGGUGUGCGUGGAACGUGGCUGGCGCGCGUGGGAGGGCCCCGUGGAGGUGGACGAGUGGGGGGGAGGCGGCCCCACGUGGCACGUCUGGUGGCGCCAUGGCUUCCCGCCCGGCGUCUACAGGAGACUCAAGCCCCACCAGGUGGUCAACCACAUCCCCCGCGCGAACGGCCUCUGCAAAAAGGACAGUCUGGCCCGGUCGCUGCAGAAGAUGAAACAUGUAUUUGGGUCCAUCUUCGAUUUCUUUACACGCGCCGACGUAGGCCUACAGGAUGACAAGGCUGAAGGAGCCACCAAGGCCCAAGGGGCAGGGGCGUCGACGGUAGGCCUAGGCUCAGGGACCGGCCUCUCCGCCGGGCAGAACGCCAGCGACCCCGCCGCGCAGAACAUCUGGAUUUGCAAGCCGAUCGGCAGCUCGCAGGGCCGGGGAAUUUCCAUUUUCCAGGACCUCCACGAGCUGAGCUAUGCCUCCAGCGCGGUUGUGCAGCGGUACAUCGGAAACCCCCUGUUGGUGGGAGGUUAUAAAUGCGACGUCAGGCUCUACGUGCUCGUCACUUCCUUCCUGCCGCUGACCGUCUACGUGUACACAGAAGGAAUCGUCAGAUUUGGCACUGAGAAAUACUCGCUAGCCGCCCUGGAUAAUUUGUUCAGCCACCUCACCAAUACUUCCCUGAACAAACUGGCUCCGGGCUACAGGACGGAAAAGGAACGCGUUGGGUCUGGGUGCAAGUGGACGGUGGGGGAGCUGCGCCGGUACCUGGCAGGCAGCGGGCAGAAGGACUGGUUGCUGUGGCAGCGCGUGGGCAUCCUGGUGUCGCUCACUCUCAUCUCGCAGGUCGGCCACGUCCCGCACCACCACAACUGCUUCGAACUUUAUGGCUUCGACAUUCUCGUGGACGAUUCGCUGACGCCGUCGCUGCUCGAGGUCAACCGGUGCCCCUCGCUGAGCUACGACUGCGACGUGGACAGGGUCGUCAAGAAGCCGAUGCUGCACCACAUGUUCGACCUCCUCGGCCCGCCCAAGGUGACGGAGAGCAUCAGCCGCUCUCUCAAACCCCCGCCCGUGCUGAUCCUGCUGACCCGAGACCACAGCCGCGAGUGCCACAGCAGAAAGGACGAACUGAUCCUCACCAGCGAUCAGCUCUACAGCGCCAUGGAUCAGCAGCAGUACAACCGCUUGAUGGAGAGCCUCGACAUGGUGCGGUCGACGCGGAGGAAGAGGAACGCCCGCAGCAGCGUGUGCGAGGACUGCGAGGACGGCGCCUACAGGAUGACGGACUCGGGGAGCUGCAGCGUCGAGAACCUGAGCGUCGGGAAGAAGGAGUUCGCCAAGGCCCCCCACAACCACUCCAAGUCGCUGACGAUCUCCGGAGGGCCACGAAGCUUCACUCCGCGGCGGCGUCGCUCGAUAUCCUCGCUCCCGGGCGCCCCUCAUGACCCUCUGGUGCCGGAGGAACUCAGUCUCGACACCUUCGUCCCCGUCACAUUCAACACGACGUUCCAGCGAGUGCGCCGCCAGUUCCUGAACAGUCAGAGCAAUAAGAGUUACUCCUCCAUGAGCAAGGGAAGCCGCCCGGGCCAGAUCAUGGACAUGCGGUCCCGGAGAGGCGACCGCGGGCCACACCGCUGCCCGGCCCGCUGCGGCGACUGGGUCAGGACCUUCCCCUACAACGCCGCCACGCUCCACGCCAGCAAGGACCCCAUGUACACCAAGACCCUCGUGGCGGAGCUGUGCAAGUACAAGCGCGCCUGCGAGAAGGUCGUCCGCGAGAACCCCAACGCGACCGACGACUGCCUGAACGCCCUCGUGCAGAAGAUGCUGUGGAGGGACACCAUCAUCUGGCUGCCCAACACGUGAUAAUCGCUGCAUUUCGAAGGACUUGUAGCGCGCCAACCCCCGAUAAAGUGAUAGGUGAAAUUAAUUGAGAAAGAGGACUACAGCUAGAGAAAGUGUUUAGUUUGAGAAUCGCGAUUAACAGUGUAUGAAAUUAUACUAACAAAUAAAAUCAAUCAUCCUUUAGCAGUAGAAAUAAUAGCAUAGUCUUCCCAGACUUAUUACGUGAAGGAAGGAAAAUCAUACAUAUACUUACGCUGUAUAUGUGUAUUCAAAUAUACAUACAUACGUGUAUGUAUAUAUACAUAUAUAUCUAUAGAUAUAUAUGUGUGUA